UCCUAGGUUGUCUGCAUGGCCAUCACAUAUUUGACAUGUGUAUUUAUAUAGCUAAAACCCUCCAUAGAUUUCAUUCUUUCUAUCAGUAUUUUCACCAUCUUUCUCUCGCAAGUUUCAAACCCUCCAUUAAUUUCAUUCUUUGUAUCAGUAUUUUCACACCUCUCUCUCUCUCUUCCCCACUGUCUCUCUCACACACAUUCACAGAGAUGGCCAUUACUAAUACUAGAGACAUUGAGAAUUGUGCAAGUAAAGGACCUCAAGAUUUGGAAGAGCCAUUUAUCGAGCAUACCAACAAGGUGGUGGUGAUUUCUGAAGACGAGGAAACUAGUGAAACCAAUGUGUCAGUUGGGAUGGUCCUGUUCAGUACUUGUGUUGCUGUUUGUGGAUCUUUUGAGUUUGGCUCAUGUGUGGGAUACUCAGCUCCUGCUCAAUCUGCUAUAAGAGAAGAUUUGAAUUUAACAUUAGCUCAGUAUUCCAUGUUUGGCUCCAUUGUGACCAUUGGUGCUAUGAUUGGUGCAAUUACCAGUGGCAGAAUUGCAGACUCCAUUGGUCGAAAAGGGGCUAUGAGAAUGUCAGCUGCUUUCUGUAUUGCUGGGUGGCUUGCAGUUUACUUGUCCAUGGAAGCUUUGUUACUUGACAUCGGUAGAUUCUUGACAGGAUAUGGCAUUGGAGUUUUUUCUUUUGUGGUGCCAGUGUUCAUAGCAGAAAUAGCGCCUAAGAAUCUCCGUGGAGGGCUCACUACUCUAAAUCAGUUAAUGAUUGUAAUUGGUGCUUCUCUUGCGUUCUUAAUGGGAACAAUGCUAUCGUGGCGAAACCUGGCUAUAACAGGACUUGUUCCCUGCAUUGCCCUUCUAGUUGGUUUAUUUUUUAUUCCGGAAUCCCCCAGAUGGCUGGCGAAAGUAGGGCUUGAAAAAGAAUUUGAAGUUGCUCUACGUAGGCUUCGUGGCAAAGAUGCAGAUGUUUCAGCAGAAGCUGCAGAAAUUAAGGCUUAUAUCGAAAGCCUCAAGGAUCAAUCUGAUGCUAAAAUACUAGACCUGUUCGAUAGCAAAUACAUACGUUCUGUGACUAUUGCUGUUGGACUGAUGGUAUUCCAACAAAUAGGAGGAAUAAAUGGAGUGGGUUUUUAUGCUAGUGAGACUUUCGUAGCAGCUGGAAUGUCUUCAGGCAAUACUGGAACAAUAGCUUAUGCAUUAAUUCAGGUUCCAAUAACUAUUGUAGGAGCAUUGUUGAUGGAUAGAUCCGGAAGAAGGCCACUUCUUAUGGUGUCCGCAACCGGGACAUUUCUGGGAAGCUUUCUAACUGGGACAGCUUUUCUCCUUGAGGGGCAAACACUUUUGCUUGACUGGGUUCCCACUUUAGCAGUUUCUGGUGUACUGAUUUAUAUUGCAUCAUUUUCAAUUGGAAUGGGAGCAGUACCUUGGGUGAUAAUGUCUGAGAUCUUUCCUAUACACAUUAAGGGUAUUGCUGGUAGCCUUGUUGUGCUCGUAAACUGGCUAGGCGCUUGGGCAGUUUCAUAUACUUUCAACUUUCUCAUGAGCUGGAGUAGCACAGGCACCUUCUUUGUGUUCUCCGGAUCAUGUGCUCUCACAGUACUGUUUGUGGCAAAGGUAGUUCCAGAAACAAAGGGGAAAACGCUUGAGGAAAUUCAGUCCUCCAUCAACUCAUAGUUUUAUGAGCAAAAAAGGUAGUGUCCAAGAAGAUUCCUGAGGAACUUGGAAAUUCAAUAACUAUGUUUAGAAGAUGGAAAAAUCCAAGACAAGUGCAUAAAGAUCAAGCAGAUAAAGCUGGAUGUUCUUUCUUUACAUUUUUGUAAGACCUCAGAGGCAGGGAUGAUCUGUGCAAGGGGAAAAAAUAAAAUUAAUAUAGCAAUAUAUUCAGUUCAGAUUACUCGUUUCUACCAACUUCUGCACCAUUAAGAUUAUACGCCAUGGAGACUUUAUUUCUUUAUCUUACUACAAUGGUUGAGAUUGCACUGUGAUACAUAAUACAUCCCUGGCUUGAAUAGUGAGAAAAUGCAAAAAGAAAUUUUUAUGAUGGAA